ACAAAGUUCUUAAUAAUGCCUUAUAAGUGACAAGCAUGUGACCAAGUACUUGAAUAAGUCUACAAAGACAUAAAAUGGGUAGAGUUUACAGUUGUAAUCAAAACUCUCUGCAAUGCUAACCUGACACAGAAUAGCAGCCAUAUUUAUAAGGUGCUUUACAGUUUACAUAACAAUUUCCCACAUUCUCUCAUUUGCCAUAUAUUUAAUGAUAGACGUAAUUGUGCUACAUGCUAAUUAAGCUUAAUUAGUAAGUUCUUGUGAAUGACUAAUUAGUGGGACUGGUUUGCUACCAAAGCAAAUUUUCAGUUCUUAUUUUAUUAGUUACCUAGUAUUUAUAAUCAGUGUACAUCAUAUUCCCUGAUUCAUGUCAUACACACUGAUCCUCACUUACAUUAAGAAACAAACUCUUGAGACUUUAUUCCUAAGUAGCUGAACUUCCUUCAUUCCAGAGCUUCUGUUGCUACUAGUGUCCCGUGAACUCUCAGUCCCUACUAGUCCCUUCCCAUCUUCUGAUGAGGACUUGUGUGUAACAUUUAUUCAUUCAUCAACAAAUAUUUGUUGAACAUUGUGUGUCAGAGAUUGCAUAAGGCACUGGAAACAUGCAUAGAGGUUGGGAGGCAGCUCUGGCCCCUGGUCCCAUGGAGCUAACGACUAAUGAGGCAGACAAGGCUUAGGGCACAGAGUAGGCAGGUAGUUGGCAGGCCUAUUUAGCUCUCUUACUAAGCUACAACCUUGCCUUUAUCAAUAGUAAAGGUAAUUAAAGGUAAUACAUGGGUCUCCGUUUGCCUUUUUUCUUAUUUACUUCAGCACUCAGACAGAGAAAACAAGUCUGCCAUUGAUUAGGCUUCUUCUAUCCUUAGCACAGGAUGCUAUGGGAGAGAAGGCCUGGGGCCAAUAGCCUGGUAUUGAGUAGGGGAGGGACAGCAGAAGUUAGCAGGGAUUAGUGAGGAGAAGAUAAUUGGGGAAGUGAGUUCCCAGAAAAGAGAUAGCAUUUUCAAAGGCCCUGAAGUAAAGAAGUUGGCAAGUUUAAGAAGCUCAUUUAGUGUGGUUGGAGGGGUUGAUACAUCAGGAAGAAUGCCUAGAAGACUGUAGAGGUGGCGGGCCUGGGCAUGGAGAGUAUUAGAGCCAAGUUUAAAACUAUCUAAGGACACUAAGAACAUGGAAAGGUUUUAAUGACAUCUCCCUAUCCCUUGCCCCUCAACCCAUUAUUUACCUGAAUAGGCCCUCUUAUCUUCAGGUAUGGAGGUGGCUGUGCAGAUAAGUGUAGCAUCCUUUCAAACACAUGGGCAGCUUAGCAGAAACCAAUUCUUGGGAGCACGGAGUAGAAAGAGUGUGGGCUUUGGAGUCAGAAUGCUUGGGUCUGUAUGAUGAACAAUUUCUUAACUCUCCAAGCCACUUUCCUUUUCUGUACAAUUGGAAAUGUAACAUUUAUACCCCUUAUCGGGGGGUUGUGAGGAUCAGUAAUAACAGAUACAGUGAUUGGCACUCCAUAGAUGACAGCUGUCUUUAUUUUAGCAGUGCUCCCUUGCUAACACAAAAUUCUUACUCCUCCUUGGGAAUGGAAUCACAGAAUCAUAGAUCAUCAAAUUGAAAUCACAGAAUCAUAGAUCAUCAAAUUGUGAAGAGACCAAAUUGUAAAAAUCUGUCUGCUUACGAUGCUUGCAUCCCUUCUGCAACACUGAUGAUCAGUUGGUUUGUCGUCCAGUAUUACUUACAACAUAUCCAGAGAAAGGAAGCAUACUAGUGUCUGAAGCAGCCACUCUAUGUUGGGCUCUUUUAGAAGGUUUUUCUUGGAUUGAAUUCAAAUCUGUCACCCUGUCACCUCUAUUCAAGGUCUCUUCCAUGUAUGUGAACAGUCCUCCAAAUGUUUGAGGUCAUUAUCUAUCACCACCACCACCAUCCUUCUCAUCUAGAGUUGAAAGCUAGUUUCUUUAGCCUUUCUAACAACUACAAAAGAAGAGUCAAUUCAUCAAGAAAACACAACAGUCCUGUAACUUACAUGUAUCUAAUAAUAAAGCUUAAGAACAUGAAGAAAAAAUGUUAAGAGAGCUUAAUAAUAGUAGUAGCUAUCAUUUACUGAGCACCCACACUGUACUCGGUGCUAGACACACGGAUAAGUAAGUCUCAAUCAGUCUUGUCAAUUGGAGAAAGAUAAGUAAACAAGUGUCAACAACAUUACAGGUAACUGUGACAGAGGUCUGUGCAGGGGAAAGCAGGAGCACAAAGGAAACAAUCAUCUCUAUGAGAGAGGGGCCUGCUUUUUUAGAGGAGAUGACACAUUUAGUGACUUUAAUUAUACCAACUAUUCUUCACAACACUUCAAAAAUUUUUUUCCUACAAGAAUUGUUAAUUUUCCCUGUUAGCAUUCUUCACAGAGCCUCUUUUAGUGUCAGAAUAAUGGAAACCAGGCAAGGAAGAAAAAGUGAAAUACUGUACUUUGUUGAAACUGCAAAUGGAUGCCAAAUGUUUGGAAAGAAAGGAGCCUCAGCUAGUCUUUCCUAAGCACUGAAAUAGAGGAGGCAAGGCAUACUGUGUUUGUCCCUGCUAUACAAUAUGAGAAGGCCACAGAAUAUGGGAAGCAGUAAAGCAUUUGCCCUGCUGAUAUUGCAGGUUGUGUGAAAGCAUCAUAGUACUCACACCCUGACGCUUGCUUCUCGUGUUGGGCCCUGGGCUGGAUACCGAGGUAAAGACAACCUGCCUGGGAGAGAUGAGGCACGUGCACAAAGUGAUCCAAGACAAAAAGCACUGGAGGGAAUUGGCAAAGGAUUAUUUGAUGUUCCAUGGACAUUAUAAGGGGAGUAAAUCCCUGAGCAGAUGAAGUUAGCCUUCCUACGAGAGGCAGGAUAUCUAAGAAUAAAUAUACCAAAUGCAGUUCCCCAACCUCCUGAAGUGCGACCCUUCCCACUGGAGUCGUAGAGAGCAAAAGGCAGUGAACUUCGAGCAGCCCUCUUUGAGAAGGAACAGAUGAGAAAGGCAGAAGCAUGGCAAUAAUAUUCAGUGGAGGCUAAAACUGUAAUAUUUUUCAAGUUUGUUAAAGAAGCCCUUUAAAACAGUUAUAAAACUGAAGAUCUUUAAAUAUUUCCCAAAGCAAAAAGCAAAUGAGAAAGUGUAGAAAAGUUUGUCUUGCAGUAUGCAAGCCCUCCACCAUUAAAAAUGAAACAGGCAAAAAGCUAUAUAUAGAAGUACCAUAUGAUCCAGCAAUUCCACUCUUGGGUAUACACCCAAAAGAAGUGAAAGCAGGGACUCAAACAGAUACCAUGGAUAAACCUUGAAAACAUCAUACUAAGUGAAAUAAGCCAGACACAAAAGGACAAAUAUUGUGGUUUUGAAUUGUAUUUCCCUAGUGACAAAGGGUUUUGAGCAUCUUUUCAUGUCCUUAUAAGCUAUUUCUUUAUCUUUGGAAAAAUGUUUAUCCAAAUUAUUUGCCUAUUUUUUAAAUUCGGGAUCUUUUUGUUGAGUUGUAAAAAUUCUUUAUGUUUUCUGGAUACUAUACCCCAUCAGACAUGUAAAUUGCAAAUAUUUUCUCCUCUUCUGUGGGCAGUUUUUCAUUUUGUUCAUAAUGUCUUUGAAAGUACAUUGCAGUACACUGCUAUGCUACUUUUAACAAAUAUUUAAACAUCUGAGAGCAAACUAAAUUAGAAAUAUGUAAAGUUGUCUAAAUUUUACUUUUAAGUUUAAUAAGCAAGCAUUCUCAAAUGUGGUCUGUAUACAGUGUUUUCCUUGUACAAUUACAGGGUUUGAGGCUUCCGAACUAAGAGUCUUGAGUUCAGUAAAGGACCCACCAUGAUGAAAGCUAUCGCUUUUAUAGUAUUAAGUGCUAGGCACUCUUUGGGCACUUAACUUGUAUUAACUCAUCUAAUCCUCACAACAAUCCUAUGAGGUAGAGACUAUUAUCAUCACACUCAUUUUACAGAUAAGGAAAUGGAGGCAGAGGAAGGUUAAGUAAUUUGUCUGAAGCCAAACAGUAUAUAGCAAAGAUGGGCUCCGAAUCUAGGCGGCCUGGCUUCAUAUUUCGUUGCUGUUAACCACUUCGCUCGGGUGUUGACGCGGGAUUCAACCAUUUCAAAUCUGCUUUGGGAGAGAAUAGUGUUUUCAUGGCGUUUGUAUUCUGGACAUUUUCUCUCUGUACCAAGCCAGAAACUAGUUAUCACCCACCCAGGCGUCUCCAUUGCACCCCUCCCCUACCAGUGCGGCGCUCACUCGGCUUCGGGACCCGCUUUCCUCCUCAGGGGUCAUAGGCAGCGUUCAAAGUAACUGCGAGGUCGCCUGUGUCCCUAACGCGAAGUGGUUCUAAUUUCUGGCGCCCAGUCGGCGCCGCGGGGCAGCGGGUCCAGCCCAAUGAGGCUCAAAGCUGUGCCAUGGGCGGAGCCAGCGGAAGGGGCGGGGGCGGGGACGGAGCCCCGCCGCGGUACCUACUGUGUGCGGCGCCCUUGCCCGGUGCGGAGCUAUGAGUUGGACCUGUCCGCGGUGCCAGCAACCCGUUUUUUUCGCUGAGAAGGUGAGCUCCCUGGGCAAGAACUGGCACCGCUUCUGCCUGAAAUGUGAGCGCUGCCACAGCGUCUUGUCCCCCGGCGGGCAUGCAGAGCACAAUGGGAGGCCAUAUUGCCAUAAACCGUGCUACGGAGCUCUCUUUGGACCCAGGGGUGUGAACAUUGGUGGUGUGGGUUCUUAUCUCUACAAUCCCCCAACUCCCAGCCCUGCCAGCACCACUCCCUUCAGCCCCCGCAGCUUUAGCCCCUCCAGACCCAGGACUGGCCUCCCCCAAGGCAAAAAAAGCCCUCCCCACAUGAAGACGUUCACUGGGGAGACCUCGCUGUGCCCUGGCUGUGGGGAACCUGUCUAUUUUGCUGAGAAGGUGAUGUCUUUGGGCAGAAAUUGGCACCGACCCUGUCUGAGGUGCCAGCGCUGUCAGAAGACCCUGACUGCUGGGAGCCAUGCCGAGGCUGUCUUUCUCUCUGUGUCUCAGCAUGACGGUGUCCCCUACUGUCAUAUCCCCUGCUACGGCUACCUGUUUGGCCCCAAAGGUGUGAACAUUGGCGAUGUGGGCUGCUACAUCUAUGACCCAGUGGAGAUAAAAUCUGAAUGAGAUGGUCACAGGAGAGGCCACCCUAACUCGAGCCUCCUACCAUCCCCUCCAUGGUCCAGUGGGAGCUACAGAAUUCUCCAGUCCUGUGGGGGUGGGGAGAGGUAGGAUCCUGGGGGCCAGGGUUUAGGCUCUGUGGAAGGUACAGGCCCAUGGGUCAGAGUCUGGACUUAGACUGUCUGCCAACUUUUCCCUUUCUCAUUCCUAUCAGGUCUGGGAACAAAGGCCACCCUAUUUUGAAAGGUAGCCCCCUAGCCUUCCCAGCCUCUUUCCCCAACAACUUCUGGAGUUUCAAAUUACUCAUAAAACUUGUAUUUAUUGAA